AACAUAUUUUGGAAGAAAUACAUGAUGCACGUCGACAAAUUAAUGAGAACCUUGACCGGCUACAGCGAAACACAAUAAGAGAAUUGGAAGCAAUGCAUGCGAGCUUAAAUGCCUAUUUAGAAGAUAAUACCAAACGAUGCUUAGAAUUUAUUUCAAAGCUAAACGAAUAUGGCACUAAACUCAAAGACAAUAUGUCACCCGAACGGUCGUUCAUUACGUUAACAAAAUGUCUUGAUCAAAUCACAGCAACAGAAUCACUCAUUAAAAGCAUGAAACAAAUUGAUGGAGUGGACAUUAAACUCCAACCUAACCGUAUAUUCAAAGAAUGUCUUGAAGAAUGCACUGAUCUAGGGAAAAUCACCAGUUGCAUAGGCGAACCACUACAUGACGUUGAUCCAAACAAGAUUGUCAGCAUUCAGGACAUUUCACAAUAUAAUGUUCAAACUGAUAACAUGAACUGUAACAUAACUGGUAUGUGUGAGGCGCCCAACGGGGAAUUCGUCAUUUUGGAUUACACCAACUGCUGUGUAAAACUACUAGAUCAGGCGUACAGGGUGGUUGAUCAAUUAAAGCUACCUACUCCUCCGUGGUGCAUGUGUAACAUUAACUUGUUCGAGGUGGCGGUGACUGUAAGCGAAUAUGAUGCUGAUGCUCUUAACGGGAUUCAUUUCUUACUUGUAGAUAACAGAAAGAUUAUAAAGAUAAAGACUUUUAAAAUGGAUCAUGUCUGUAGGGGAAUUGCGUAUCACAAUACCGAUCUGUUUGUUACCUCCGGUACUGCGUUAUACCAAUACACAAUUGAUGGACGGUUAGUUGAGAAGUUAUACGAAGACAGUUCUGGAGAUAACACAGUUCUAUACGUUGGAGUAAGACCUGAUGGCAAGAGGAUCUAUGUGACAGACAAUGCCAAUGACAAGCUUCUUACACUGACCAGGGAUGGAGCAGUCUCAGUCACGCUUCAGGAUGGUGCAUUAAAACAUUGCUAUAUCACAGCUAAUUUACACGUAGCAGCCACAGGACAGGUUUUCGUCGUAGGCGACAAAUCAAUAAGUCAAGUAGAUACAGUCGGCAAGACAAUCCUCAAUAACAAAUCUCUUAACAUUCCACAACCUGCAUCUGUCUACUUCAAUACACACAAACGAACACUUCUAGUUGGAUUUUGGAACAACGACCACAUCAUAGAAUUUAAAACCACAAUAAUCUGAUGCAUUUACUCCUUUACUGACAAUAUAGGCACAAAUAGGUAAACACGUGCAAAUAAAAAAAAAUAUAAGAAUCAUAACCUUAUUUAUACCGUUCGUCAUAUAUUUACCGCAUUGUAUGGUAAAUAUUUAAUUUUACUUUUGUAAUCAAAAUCGUUUUGUUCUAAUCCUCGAAUAAAAUGAUAUUUUUAUAUGAGCGAAAUGUA